GCUCAGUAUGGGUGCAUUACUAUCUCUGCCUUUGAUGGCAGUUCCCAGCAUGGGGACGGUGGUGGGCUGCCUUGCUUCAUGUUGCGGAGCUGCAACGUGCUCUGCCCUAUGCAGGGCAUGUGGGAAAUUCCAGAGCAGCAUGGCCACGAGAAUCGCCUACGCAUUUAUCCUCCUCAUAAACUCCAUCCUUUCGUGGAUUAUGUUAACAAGAUGGGCUUUGAACAAACUCGAACACCUUACAUUCGACUUCUUGCCUAUCAGUUGUGAUGGAGAAAAAUGCCACGGCUGGGUUGCUGUUCACCGUAUCAACUUCGCCCUCGGAUUGUUUCACAUCAUCCUUGCCCUCCUCCUUCUCGGAGUACGCUCUUCCAAAGACCAACGAGCUGGUAUACAAAAUGGAUAUUGGGGCCCUAAGAUUAUUGUUUGGCUGGCGCUCAUCGUGCUCUCGUUUUUCAUCCCAGAGCCAUUCUUCUUUGUCUGGGGUAGUUAUUUCGCCUUCGUUGGCGCGAUUCUGUUCCUGCUGCUCGGUCUUAUUCUCUUGGUGGACCUUGCCCAUUCAUGGGCGGAAUUAUGCUUCGAAAAGAUCGAAGACAGUGGCUCCCGCAUGUGGCAGGUCUUGCUGAUUGGUUCGACCUUGGGCAUGUACCUCGCCUCGUUCGCCAUGACGAUCGUUAUGUAUAUAUUCUUCGCUCGCAGCGGCUGCGCGAUGAACCAAGCAGCAAUUACCAUCAACCUAAUCGUUUUUCUGAUCAUUUCCGUUGUGUCGAUACAACCGGCGGUGCAAGCAGCAAACCCUCGCGCCGGCUUAGCGCAGGCGGCAAUGGUCACUGUCUACUGCACUUAUUUGACUAUGUCCGCGGUUUCGAUGGAACCGGACGACAAACAGUGCAAUCCACUCCUUCGUGCCCGUGGAACCAGAACCGCUUCGAUUGUUCUUGGAGCUAUUGUUACCAUGUUGACUAUUGCAUAUACAACUACGCGUGCUGCAACCCAAGGCAUUGCCCUCGGGUCAAGCGGUGCACAUGGUGACUAUUCUCGUUUAGGUCAGGAUGAGAUGAACCAUGACCUUGUAACUCAGCAGCCCAGCCGUAGCCGCCGCGAAAUGCGUGCCGAGGCUCUUCGUGCGGCCGUUGAAAGCGGAAGUCUUCCUGCAUCUGCUUUGGAUGACAGCGACGACGAAUCGGAUGAUGACGCCGACUCCAAGGAUGACGAGCGGGGCUCGACCCAGUACAAUUACUCGCUAUUCCAUAUUAUCUUUUUGUUGGCCACAAUGUGGGUUGCCACUCUGCUCACCCAGCAUCUAGAUCCCGAGGCCCAGGAUGAUCUCGCCCCUGUUGGCAGAACCUAUUGGGCCAGCUGGGUGAAAAUCAUUAGCGCCUGGGUAUGCUACGCCAUUUUUCUGUGGACUCUCAUCGCGCCGGUUUUGAUGCCGGACAGAUUUGAUCAUUAGAAUGGAAAUCGCGUGUACCUACUUCGGCUGAAUUGGUAGGACUUCGGAUGGUUACGACUGUAGUUAUUUAUUUUGUUUUGGCUGUAA